AAUUCACACACACUCGUUUUUGGUUUUCAAGUUUCGCGGUUGUUGCCUCAAAUCCUCAUCUCUCCCCCUUUUUACUGAAAAUUCAUCGCGAAAUUGCCAGAUUCAGUUGAUCGAUCAUCGUUCUCACAUAUUUCAAAUGAUCUAACUCGAUUAGAGCUUCAAAAUCGACCUACAUUAUGGAUUUUGAUGCGAAUCAAGCACUUACCUGAGGGGAAAUGUAACAUGGUGGAUAUUCAAAUUCAACGUAGAAAACCUACCUGGGAAGAUCUCAUGGGCCCACCAAGACACAGAAGUGUGAACAAGCGGUAUCUGUAUGGUGAUGAAGCAUCUCCAACUAAAGAUGGAGGUAACACCAACAAGAAAAACCAACGAGUGAAAAAAAAAGUUGUCGGACAUGCUGGGACCACUUUGGAGCAAGGAAGAGCUGGAACAUUUUUACGAAGCAUAUCGUAAGCACGGGAGAGACUGGAAAAAGGUGGCUGCUGUUCUCCGAAACCGCUCUGUGGAUAUGGUGGAGGCUGUUUAUUCUCUCAAUAAAGCAUACUUAUCUCUCCCAGAGGGCACAGCCUCUGUUGUGGGCUUCAUUGCUAUGAUGACUGAUUAUUACAGCAACAUGGAUGACAGGGAUAGUGAACAGGAAAGGAAUGGUGGUGCGGGACCAUCUCGGAAGCCUCAAAAACGCAUGCAGCGCAAAGUUCAUGAGACCACAUCCAAAGGCUUACGGUUGCAUCCGGAGGCUGUUCCAACAGACUAUGGUUUCUUGUCAUUAUUAAAAAAGAAGCGCUCUGCUGGAAGUCGACCUCGUGUUGUUGGAAAACGGACACCGCGUUUCCCUGUCUCACAUUCAUAUGGAAAUGUCAAGAAAGGUCAAAAACCAAGGGAAAACGAUGAUGAAGAUGUUGCUCAUAGUAUAGCAAUGACACUGGCAAAGGCUUCUAAAAGAGGUGGUUCCCCUAGUCAGAGUGCUGAAAGAAUGUAUGAUGAAUCAGAUGAUGAGAUUGAAGGUAGCAUGGAAGCUGAUAAUACAGAAUUGUCUCGAUACAAGAAUUACAUACGGGAAGCCUGUAGUGGCACCGAAGGGCAGAAUUUAGGUUCUAUACGAAGAAAUUUUAAUAUUAAAGUUGCUGAUGCAAAACCUUCAGGGUCUUCUGGGGUUUCCAACAAAAGAGAUGAAAAUUCUGCCUUUGAUGCACUGGAAACUUUGGCAAAUUUGUCUUUGUUGAUUUCACCCGAAGCAAAUGAAAAUGGAAAAGACGAAGCUGUUGAUGACUCUCAUCUACUGCUAAAUAUACCUGCAAGUCGCAAAAGAGAGAAGCGUAAUGGGAAACACUUCAUCUCUAGAUCAGAGGCUGCUGAUGACAAACCUCAGGCAUCUGCUAAAAACAUGGUUGAUGACACAAAUGCUGCUUCUGAAGCAAAGGAAUUCCAUCCGUUAACGACUAAAGUUUCUAGAAAGAGACAGAAGAUCGUAGCAUCUAGAAUUUCAAAAGAUGAAGCCUCUGUUGAUACAACCCCUCAGUUGGCCAAGACGGGUCAACAUGUUACUUCUAGUAUUCACUCAAGAAGGGAAUCACAUGUUUCUGAGAUGAAACCAUCUAACAUACGUACCAAAGCCAGAAACAAGCGUAAAAUGUACAAACCAAAGGCUCUUGAAAUUUCUAAUUUAUCCGAUGUAGUUGUAGGCAAGUCAAACGUACACUUGCCUUCUCUCAGUCAAAGAAUAGACAAACUUAAGGGAGAGCUUUCUAAUUGUUUGUCAAAUCAACUAAUGAGAAGAUGGUGUGCAUUUGAGUGGUUUUAUAGUGCAAUAGAUGAACUUUGGUUUGCCAAAAGGGAGUUUGUAGAGUACUUGUAUCAUGUUGGUUUAGGUCAUGUUCCAAGACUAACACGUGUUGAAUGGGGUGUAAUCAGAAGUUCUCUUGGUAAGCCACGGAGGUUCUCACAUCAAUUUCUAAAGGAAGAAAAAGACAAACUUUAUCAGUUUCGGGAUUCUGUGAGGACACAUUAUACUGAACUUCGUGCUGGUAGUAGAGAUGGAUUGCCAACAGAUCUCGCAAGGCCAUUAGCCGUAGGACAGCGUGUCUUAGCAAUUUAUCCAAAAACAAGAGAGAUUCACGAUGGAACUGUUCUGACAGUAGAUCAUGACAGGUGUCGUGUUCAAUUUAAUCAUCCUGAGCUAGGUGCUGAAAUAAUCAUGGAUACUGAUUGCAUGCCAUUGAAUCCCAUUGAGAAUUUGCCUGCAUCACUGAUGCCUCGAAAACCUAUUGACAAAGCCAAUGGGCUGGGAAAAGGUCCAAGGCAUGGAAAUUUAGAGAACGUUGAUGAGGUUGCUUCAGCUAAAUCUGAAUUCCAAUCUAGAAACGGACCAAGGGAUACACUCUCAGAUCAUCAUGCAGCAUACUCUGUGCCUGGUACAACGGCUAAAUUUCAGGCAAAAGAAGCUGAUGUUGAAGCAAUUGCCGAGCUGACCCGUGCUCUUGACAAAAAGGAGGCUGUAGUUAUUGAGUUGAGGCGAAUGAACGACGAUGUGCUGGAAAACCAAACUGUAGGUGACUCUGCUCUUAAGGAUUCAAAUGCUUUCAAAAAGCAAUAUGCAGCUGUUCUUGUACAUUUAAAUGAUGCCAAUGCUCAGGUUUCUUCUGCUUUAUUUCGCUUGAGGCAACGCAACACAUAUCAGCAAAACUACCACUUUAACUUGCCAAAGGCAGUUGGUGAUUUAAGUGACCAUGGUGCCAUCUUAGAAGACACUGCAAAUCACACCCAAGAAUCACAAGGUCAGGUCAAUGAGAUUGUUGAGAUAUCACGCACCAAGGCUCGUACAAUGGUAGAAAUAGCUAUACAGGCAUUGUCAUCGCUGAAGCUCGAUCCAACAGUUGAGAUUGACAAGGCUGUUGAUUACAUGAAUGAUCUGCUUCCGUCGGAUUAUUCCUGUAUUCCACCCAUCCGGCCUGUUCCUCGUUCCAGUUUGUCAUUGCAUCAACAAGUCUCCACCGUAAAAGCACCUGAUUCAAAGCCCAUGAAUUCAUCAGAUUUUAAUAAAUCAUCAGUCCCCUCUGAACUGAUUACUCAGUGUGUUGCUACCCUCUUCAUCAUUCAGAAAUGUACAGAAAGACAGUUUCCUCCAGCUGAAGUUGCAAGUAUAUUGGAUUCUGCUGUUUCUAGUUUACAACCUUGCUCUGCUCAGAAUCUGCAGGUUUAUGCUGAGAUUCAAAAAUACAUGGGGAUUAUCAAGAACCAGAUUUUAGCUCUCGUACCGACUUAACUUCAACUUCAACUGAUGUUUCCAUAUUCUGUAAAUGCUAAACCCAAAAUUUGAAUCAAAUGACUAGACUUCAGUUUUUCAAAUCUUUGUUUAACUUUUAUAGCGCAAUAUAUUCUACCGAUUUUUAGUGGAAA